GAGACUGUGAGUACGUGGGGUUGUAGAAGGUGGGGUGGCGUUUGUGAGGCGCACGUGAGCUGCCUGCAGAACUCCAGAAAGAAGAAAAUGGAAAGCCUGUCUGAUGUAGCUGCUUUUUCAACUAAAUUGAAAAACACUCUCAUCCAGUACCAUAGCAUUGAAGAUGAUCAGUGGCGAAUUGCAAAGAAAGCGAAAGAUGUAACAGUUUGGAGAAAACCUUCAGAAGAAUUUAAUGGAUAUCUCUACAAAGCCCAAGGUGUUAUAGAUGACAUUGUCAUCAAUGUAAUAGAUCAUAUACGCCCGGGACCCUGGCGUUUGGAUUGGGACCGCUUAAUGACUUCUCUGGAUGUUCUGGAACGCUUUGAGGAGAAUUCUUGUGUGAUGCGCUACACUACAGCUGGUCAGCUUUUGAAUAUUAUUUCUCCUAGAGAGUUUGUUGAUUUCUCCUACACUGUGGGCUAUGAAGAAGGACUUUUAUCCUGUGGAGUAAGUGUUGACUGGAGUGAAAAGAGACCGGAAUUUGUUCGAGGAUAUAACCAUCCCUGCGGUUGGUUUUGUGUUCCACUUAAGGACAGUCCAAGCCAGAGUGUCCUGACAGGUUAUAUUCAGACAGAUCUGCGUGGAAUGAUUCCUCAGUCUGCAGUUGACACAGCCAUGGCAAGCACUUUAGCCAACUUCUAUACUGAUUUACGAAAAGCUUUACAGAAGGAGUAGUAUGUUCAAACUGGUUUCCUGAGAUCCGCUGAACCACUGCUUCCCAUCAGAUGCAUGGCUUGUAAACAUCAGCCUCUUCUCUCUUCUGUAUAGCCUGUGGACACAUUUCAGAUGUUUUGGCUUGGUAAUACAGCAUUUUAUUUUAUUCUUAAAGUAAAGAGCUAAAAGAGGGCAUUUCAGUUUUGCUAAACUUUUAUUUGCAAACUGUUGAGUAUGCAAGUAUGUCUAAAAAUAGAAAAGAGAACUCCACCAAGAAUUAGCUACAGUUGUUUGGCCCAGAUUAUUUACAGAAAGGGAAUAGUGUGGCAGUAUGGAUAUUUUGGCUUCUAAGAACUCAAAGAAAGCACAAGCUUUAUGCUGUUCAUAUUAUUUUGGAACUUUAUGAAUAUUUUGUAAAAUUUUAAUGUUUUUGGAGGUAGAUGCUACUGUCUUACUUUCAAUAUGUUUUAUGAGUUUGAGGAUACCUUGGACAAAAGAUAAAAGCUCUUAGGUAUAUUUUAUAUGGAGAAACCAGUUGAAUUGUACUCCUUUAAGUAUUAAAAAGACAAAAAUGAGAAAAGGAUGGAUGUUAUAUAAUCCAAACGUAAUUUACUUUUGAUAUCUAGAUAGCAUUCUCUUGUAAUGUCUUUGAAAGCAUAUUUGUGUCUUUAUGUAUUUAUAUUGGGACUCUUUAUUAAGUAGCAUUUAUGCAGAAAUAUGAUUAUGUACAUCUCUGUGGAUUAUGCCCUGGUGACCCCACACCGAGCAGCAGUCUGAGGUGCAGGAAACAGCAGGUGUUAUCCUCUCCUCACCAGCAGAGAGACCACUCUAGAAAGUCAAACUCAGUCAAUGUACUGUACAUGUUUUAGUUGUAAAAGUACCACCCUAUUCACAAAACAGUACAAACUAUCAUAAGCAUU